UUUUUUUUUUAGGGAGAUUUUCUGAAGUCUGAACGUCUUCAAUUCUGCUCAAUUGAGUUCCCGGGAUUAACAUGGUGAUGGUCGGCAAAGGAGGGGGUGAUACGGUGGCGACCUCUUCGUUGUUUAAACUAGUCUAGCCUCUUCUCAACAACGGGCAAAUUUGAAAAAGGAGAGGUUAAGAAUCGGGGUAAUGAAUACGGACGGACUGGGACUAGAAUUCGGCCCUGACAUUUUAUCCACUCUAGCCCACAUCACUACCUGCUCCGCACUGAAAACGGCAGUACUGUUUUCAGUACUCCAGCACCCUACACUUGUGAAGAGAAAGACAUUUUCAAAAAUGUUUUAUGCGAUUGGAGAACACAUUGGGAGGUUUUCAAUGGCGGAGACUGAGAUGGCCAUUGCAAAUUGAUUUUGUGGAACACUUUGAGGGUUCUGUGGACAUGGGGGAUCCAGCGAGUUCCAAUUGACGCUAGACAAAUAUCCACACCGAGCUCUUGCCCGAGACAGAGCUCUCGUUUGGAUUUUCUCCUGAAGUGAUGGGUCUUCCAUAUCAGAUUCAGAAGAUCGUACACAAGACACCUUUGGCUCUUUCUUCUGAAUGGUGAUGUGCCAUGUGAAUGACUGAGAACCACCAUGAAGCCCUCACACAAGCUGCUGUUCGUCCUGUGCCCCAUGCUGGUCCUGGGCUUCAUCUACUACUCCUCUGGGAAGCUACACCUGCACGUAUGGGGCCAGAAGCCACAGUUGGAAGCGGAAAUUUCUCUCACCGUGGGACGAAUAGUAGGCUCAGUGUAUGAUAAGCAGGGCUUUCUGCUGAAGCUGGAUGGACAGUUGCCAGCGGAGUUGGCGUACAAGUAUGGCAACCUCAGCGAAGGAGUUUGCAAGCCGGGCUACGCAGCGGCCAAGAUGACCGCCAUCUAUCCAAAGUUCAUGAAGCCAGCUCCCAUGUUUCUCGACCGGAACUUCAAGCGGCUGGCCAAAGUCCGCAAUUACUUGCCUCCAUUUGGAUUCAAAACACAAGAAAGAAUCAUAGACAGUAUUCUAACUGCAACAAAGAACUAUGGCUUGGGUGAAGUCCUUGACAGUCUUGGUUGUAAAAGAUGCAUUAUUGUGGGCAAUGGUGGUAUCCUGGCCAACAAGUCUUUGGGCUCGCGCAUAGAUGAUUACGACAUUGUGGUGAGGUUGAACGAGGCUCCUGUGACUGGUUUCGGCAAGGACGUGGGCACCAAGACCACCAUGCGCAUCACCUACCCUGAGGGGGCCAUUCAGAAGCCUGAGCGCUACGAAAAGGACUCGCUAUUCGUCUUCUCCGCCUUCAAACCGCUGGACUUCAAGUGGCUCAGACAAAUGGUCUUCAAAGAGAAACUGCGGGGUACAGAGGGCUUCUGGAAGUCUGUGGCACACUACGUCCCCAGGGAGCCCACAGAGAUGCGCAUCCUCAACCCCUACUUCAUCCAGGAGGCUGCCUUCCAGUUCAUCGGCCUGCCGCUCAAUAACGGCCUCAUGGGCAAAGGGAACAUUCCAACCCUGGGGACCGUCGCCAUAACAAUGGCGCUGCAUAACUGUGAUGAGGUGGUGGUGGCUGGCUUCGGUUAUGACAUGAACAUGCCUCACGCACCCUUGCACUACUACGAAACAGUCAAGAUGUCCGCCAUCAAAGAGUCCUGGACACACAACAUAUCCAAGGAGAAGGAGUUCCUCCGCAAGCUGGUGAAGGCCAACAUCAUCACGGACCUGACUAACGGGAUCUGAGUCUGACCAUCCAAGAGGUUUGCCUUUUCCCAAAAGAACUACAGAACAGAGGAUGCUGGGAAUAAACCUGGUUGGUGGGGGGGGAGAGGACCCUUAGAACCCAGACCCUGGUGGUCUGCACACUGUCUGAGUUUUUAUGUAGAGGAGAUUUAAGCGGAUGACUCGAAGGAAAGGCGCACAUGUGCCUUCUGACCCAGAGGCUCCUGUCUGACACAGCCAGGAGGGACGGGCAUGGAUCGAACGCCAGUAAUCGGACAACCGCGUUUACCGUUUUGAAACCAGCGAGCAUCGAAUGAAACAUGAGUGGUAUGGAAGAGGAGGACGGAAGUUCUGACAGACAGAUGUAGAAACUGACAGACUGCAGGAGAGAGACAGGGACAGAUAGUUACAGCAGUGCCAAAUGUACCUCGUUACAAUGGGGGGAGGAGAAUACCUCUCCCUCUACUGCCUGAAUGUAUUUACUUUAACAGUGUAAAUGUCAAAGAUUUUUACUAUGCUUUUUAACAAGCUCCAGCGACCUCCACCCCAUCCCCAGUUCUCUCAGUACUGUCUUUCCCGGCGAGCCUCCUUCCAGGCCUGGCGGGGAGAAACCUUUUUCAAACCUCUAUCUCCCCCUUCUCACUUCCAUAUCGACAGGCGUUUUUGAGGCCACCGUGCGUUUUGAGAUGAGCAUUUUGGAUUUUAACAGGAAGUUUAAACCUGGAUUAUUUUAUCUUGGUUGAAUUUAUUUAUAAUUUAAGGCUGAUAGAGCACUAACUUUCUUUUCCGUCUAACAGUUCGCCAUAACUUGCUUCCCUCAAUGACUCACUGUGGUGUCAUAAGUUGUUGAGUAGAUGUCCCUCAAAUCCUAGUAUUUCUAUUAUGGCUCUUCAGAAAGUGUUGUGAAUACCAUUAUGUGAGCGGUGGGGCAGCAGCCUAGGUCUAGGUUACCAGCCACGCAGCGAGAGUGGCGAUGGGAACUCUCCAUUAUUUGUGUGGUGCUGAGAAACAUUCCUAAUUUGUCCACGUGCAGAGCUUAUGUUCCCUUCCGCCAUGAAACUAUAUGUUGCCAAGUUUAUUUUCCCUGACUCGUAGCACAAUCGAAAAUUGUUAACUUAACCUUUAUUUUUAUUUCUCCUGUUAUGAUGGUUGAAUAUACACCAUCAUGGAAACAGUGAAAUGCCCGUUUUAGAGACAACAACCUGGUAGAUGGAUACACAUUUAAAGGGCAAGCAGGUGUUUGUUUACGAUAAUUAUGUUUAUUAUCAGUUAAUUAUUACAUGAAUUAACCUUGCACAGGCUAUAUAAAGUUUCAAUCUGUGGCUGGUAAAAGUUUGAGUAGCCAAUUUUUGCAGCCUUAUAGCCUAUUCGAUUCUGGGAAUUGUUUGUUUCAAAUGAAACAAUAUUGAAUGUAAAGGUAUUGUUUUAUGUCGGCUGUAGGCUUUCAUUAGUUAAGAAGGCUAAUUGAAAGGCUCUUUUUAAAAGCGAUUUGAGUUAAUGUGCUGUAUUGUGAAUUAUAAGAGAGGUUUAUCAUUCUUAGUUCAUGGCAUUCUUUUAUCCAAAUCUUGAAUAGACAUGCAGACAAAUUAAUACAGGGAAGGUGAACACCUAUUACCCUCCUACUCUGGAGUCAUAAAAACAAUUUAAAUAUAUACUUUUUUUUGGCGGGUCACGGAUCGGCUCUCUGAAAAAUUCUAUGUGGUUGGUUCGGGUUGUGGAGAAAAAUCUGUCCUGAUGUCAAAUAUCGGUUGAUGUGCCUGACCCUUGCAAGAUUGCAGUAAAUUAUCCACAGGAGUUGUAUUAUAAUAUCCUUUUGACUUGCAAUACUGGUAUUACAAUGGUGAAAGCUUACUGGUCCCAAGUUUCUCAGCAAAAAAAACGCCCAUUUAUUUGUUGUUGUUAGUUACAGUUAAGUAUUUAAGUGUUGCUCCGUGCACUGCAGUGGUUCAGUAUUGACCAGAUAAGACCACGCUAUGGUUGUAUUUUCUGCCUCCCUCGCCGCUUCCCUCAACAUCUUCAACAAAACUUAAGAAUGUCAUUUUUAGAUUUGAAUAUUUAAAAAUGUACCGAAUGUAAUAAUCAGCUUUAUAUGGUGAAUUUUAUUCUGACAUACGUUUUUUGUUUGUACCUUUUUUGGGGUGACAUUUGAGUUGUUUUUUUGAAAGUCAGUCAUUUUCUAUGAGACUUUUUAAAUUAAUAAGAUUUUUUUUUGUGCUUCCUGGACUGGACAGGAAUUUAAACAGAAUUGACCCCAACCCUGUUUUUCCAGCCUGGUCACUAAGCAGAAUAUAGCUAUUAAAACUGGAGACAACAAUGACAUCAUACAGGAAACCUCACCAUAUCACUCAUUGGGAGAGGUCUAUAUCAGUUAUCACCUUGCCCUGUGCAAUCAAUCACUGGCAAGGUCAUUACACUUCAAAUCACAAGUGUUGCUGUUUCUUUUUAUAUUAUAUACAGUGGGGAGCACAAGUAUUUGAUACUCUGCCGAUUUUGCAGGUUUUCCUACUUACAAAGCAUGUAGAGGUCUGUAAUUUUUUAUCAUAGGUACACUUCAACUGUGAGAGACGGAAUCUAAAACAAAAAUCCAGAAAAUCACAUUGUAUGAUUUUUAAGUAAUUAAUUUGCAUUUUAUUGCAUGACAUAAGUAUUUCAUCACCUACCAACCAGUAAGAAUUCCAGCUCUCACAGACCUGUUAGUUUUUCUUUAAGAAGCCCUCCUGUUCUCCACUCGUUACCUGUAUAAAAAGACACCUGUUAAGGUUUUCUUCUGUUGAAGGAGAGGCGGACCAAAACACAGCGUGGUUAUUUUGAUACAUCUUUAAUAAAGAUGACAAUAGAAUAAUAUACAAAAACAAGAAACGUGAAAACCCGAAAACAGCCCUAUCUGGUGUAACAAACACAAAGACAGGAACAAUCACCCACAAAACCCAACACCAAACAGGCUCCCUAAAUAUGGUUCCCAAUCAGAGACAAUGACUAACACCUGCCUCUGAUUGAGAACCAUAUCAGGCCAAACACAGAAACAGACAAACUAGACACACAACAUAGAAUGCCCACUCAGAUCACACCCUGACCAAACAAAACAUAAAAACAUACAAAGCAAACUAUGGUCAGGGUGUGACACCUGUCCACAUACUCAAUCAAACAGACUCCAACCUCUCCACAAUGGCCAAGACCAGAGAGCUGUGUAAGGACAUCAGGGAUAAAAUUGUAGAUCUGCACAAGGCUGGGAUGGGCUACAGGACAAUAGGCAAGCAGCUUGGUGAGAAGGCAACAACUGUUGGCGCAAUUAUUAGAAAAUGGAAGAAGUUCAAGAUGACAGUCAAUCACCCUCGCUCUGGGGCUCCAUGCAAGAUCUCACCUCGUGGGGCAUCAAUGAUCAUGAGGAAGGUGAGGGAUCGGCCCAGAACUACACGGUAGGACCUGGUCAAUGACCUGAAGAGAGCUGGGACCACAGUCUCAAAGAAAACCAUUAGUAACACACUACACCGUCAUGGAUUAAAAUCCUGCAGCGCACGCAAGGUCCCCUGCUCAAGCCAGCGCAUUUCCAGGCCCGUCUGAAGUUUGCCAAUGACCAUCUGGAUGAUCCAGAGGAGGAAUGGGAGAAGGUCAUGUGGUCUGAUGAGACAAAAAUAGAGCUUUUUGGUCUAAACUCCACUCGCUGUGUUUGGAGGAAGAAGGAUGAGUACAACCCCAAGAACACCAUCCCAACCGUGAAGCCGGACGGACGACUGCACCUUAUUGAGGGGAGGAUGGAUGGGGCCAUGUAUCGCAAGAUCUUGGCCAACAACCUCCUUCCCUCAGUAAGAGCAUUGAAGAUGGGUCGUGGCUGGGUCUUCCAGCAUGACAACGACCCGAAACACACAGCCAGGGCAACUAAGGAGUAGCUCCGUAAGUAGCAUCUCAAGGUCCUGGAGUGGCCUAGCCAUUCUCCAGACCUGAACCCAAUAGAAAAUCUUUGGAGGGAGCUGAAAGUCUGUAUUGCUCAGCGACAGCCCCGAAACCUGAAGGAUCUGGAGAAGGUCUGUAUGGAGGAGUGGGCCAAAAUCCCUGCUGCAGUGUGUGCAAACCUGGUCAAGAACUACAGGAAACGUAUGAUCUCUGUAAUUGCAAACAAAGGUUUCUGUACCAAAUAUUAAGUUCUGCUUUUCUGAUGUAUCAAAUACUUAUUUCAUGCAAUAAAAUGCAAAUUAAUUACUUAAAAAAUCAUACAAUGUGAUUUUCUGGAUUUUUGUUUUAGAUUCCGCCUCUCACAGUUGAAGUGUACCUAUGAUAAAAAUGACAGACCUCUACAUGCUUUGUAAGUAGGAAAACCUGCAAAAUCGGCAGUGUUUCAAAUACUUGUUCUCCCCACUGUAUAUAUACAGUGCCUUCAGAAAGUAUUCAUGCCCCUUGACUUAUGCCACAUUCUUUUACAGCCUGAAUUCAAAAUGGAUUUUCUCACCCAUCUACACACAAUACCCCAUAAUGACAUUUUUUUUUUAAAUGUAUCACAUUUAUUUCAAAUAAAAUACAUAAAUAUCUCAUUUACAUAAGUA